AGCAGUAGUGAAAAGCUUUUUUUAUUCUUUGAAUGUGUGGGUAAACAAUAUAUUUUGCCCUGUUAAACUAGGAUGGCUUUCCAAGUGGCUUCUCUUUGAGUUUGGUGGGGAGAGGGGAGCAUCUGUUUGGGUAAAAUACUAGCAUCAAUUUUUUUAGAGUCUUUUGGAGGUGAAAGGGGAUUUUAUUUUCCUGUCUUAUGAAUAUAGGCUGCUUAUUACAUUAGUCAGAUUUUACUUUGUGGAUGAGUAUAUGGGUACUUGAAACAGCAUCACUGUCUCCUCUUCUUACUAGAUAUCAGUGACACACCCUCCCUCUCUCCUUAGUUGUGGCAGUCAAGAAAAUGUCCCCAGACAUUGUCAGAUGUCUCCUGGGAACAAAUUUUAACACGGAGUGUUACAUUAGCAAAUGACUAAAAAUUUAUCAGAUGAGUACUUUUUGUUGAAUUUUGAUAUUGGUCAUGUUGGAAUUUAAAAUUUGUAAAGUACACAGCCUUAUUUGGAAGUUUUUUAAUUUAUUUGGCGUUUUGAACUGCUUGUUUCAACUAAUUGUUAUAAAGACAUAAUUCUUCCUGGUGAAUUUGAGGUUGACAUUUUUUGGGGCAGUCUUAAUUAAACAGCUUUUGUUUUUGCCCUUUCUCAAAUGUAUGUAUUUGUCUCUGUGACUGGAAAUGCUGGCAGUGGGCCUACUUUAGAGAGCAUUAGCCAAAAAAGAUCUCUCUGCCCCCCACCCUUUCCAAUUUAGGAGUUCAUUCAGAGUCUCAGAGCUUGGAGCCACAGAGGGUGGAGGUGGAUUGCUCAUUCUGGGAUGUUGGCAGACUCUGGAGCAGAUACUUUGCUUUAUGAUUUAUUUUUCGAGUUUGUGACCUGUGGUUGAUGUUUGUAAAGUUGUGAGUAUUCCAUAAAUGAUUUUUCUUUGAUAGAAAAAUUUUGCCCUCUAGACAGAAUUUAGAGAAUGAGAGAGGAAGAGAGAGAGACUGAUGUUUUGGCAGUUGGAAAAAAACAUGAAUGAAACAAGGCCAUAGCCAAUUUUUAAAUGGUUUGGACUUGUUUCUUAACACUGAAAACUUGUCUGCUACUACCGUUAUCUAGAUCUUCUAUGAAUCUCCUCUGCCAUUUUGUUCAGAUUCAAAACUGCAUAUCAGUAAACAAGGAACAAGUGAAAUGUUAGGAAAUUUGAUGAGUAAGGUAAUGUUUAUGCCUCUUACCCAGUCAUAUUUCAGCUGAGUUUCUUUUGAGUGUUGUAGUUCUUUUUGUCUCAGCAAGAGAUAGUGUCAGGACUCAUCAAGUAACUGAACUGUUGUGGUCAUUCAGCUCUUUCUAGAGGUCCAGCUUUAAUUAACAAUCAUUUUGAGACUUGAAAAAAAAAAUUGAAGUGGCAAACAAUUGUUUUUUAAUAGAACUUGUAAUUAGUUUGCUGGUUUCUGUUUUGUUUGGCUAUUUCCUGAGAGACCUGCUGUUUUCUGAUCUUUGUUGCUAUUGGUUAUUUUUAAGUACUUUUGACUUGCUUAAAACACUUGCAGCCUUCUGAAGGAUAGCCAUGAAAAGGAGCAGAACUGUCCCUAUUUUUGACUUGUGAAGAAAUUUAAAUUAUUUAGAAAUAAUGCGUUUGAUGUCCUAACUUAUAAAGGUAGAACUUUAGACUUCAUAGCACUGAAUUAACCUGCACUGAAAGCUGUUUACCUGCAGUUGUUCACUUUUGUUGAAAGUGACCAUGUCUCAAGUUCAAGUGCAAGUUCAGAACCCAUCUGCUGCUCUCUCAGGGAGCCAAAUACUGAACAAGAACCAGUCUCUUCUCUCACAGCCUUUGAUGAGUAUUCCUUCUACUGCUAGCUCUCUGCCCUCUGAAAAUGCAGGUAGACCUAUUCAAAACUCUGCUUUACCCUCUGCAUCUAUUACCUCCACCAGUGCAGCUGCAGUUCCUUCUAACAUGGCACACCCCAAAGAGAAAACCCCAAUGUGUCUUGUGAAUGAGUUAGCCCGUUUCAACAAGAUUCAGCCUGAGUAUAAGCUUUUGCGUGAGCAAGGUCCAGCUCACUGUAAGGUGUUUACAGUACAGCUAACACUUGGAGAUCAGCAUUGGAAAGCUGAAGGAACUAGUAUUAAAAAAGCCCAGCACACAGCUGCUGCCAAAGCUUUGGAAGGAACAAAAUUUCCUAAACCCAUAGUCCGCCCUUUUCGUAGCGAAGGAAGGAAUCCAGAAAGCAUAACCCCUACGGUAGAGCUAAAUGCACUGUGCGUGAAACUUGGGAGAAAACCAAUGUACAAGCCUGUUGACCCUUACUCUCGGGUGCAGUCCACCUACAACUACAACAUGAGAGGAGGUGCUUAUCCCCCGAGGUACUUUUACCCAUUUCCAGUUCCACCUUUACUUUAUCAAGUUGAACUUUCUGUGGGAGGACAGCAAUUUAAUGGGAAAGGAAGGACGAGACAGGCUGCGAAACAUGAUGCUGCUGCUAAAGCAUUGAGGAUCCUGCAGAAUGAGCCACUGCCUGAGAGGCUAGAGAGGACUCCAAUUCGACAAGCAUCGAGAGGUCACUCUGGAGGAUACUCUUAUGCAAGCUUCAGCCAGAUGUUACACAUUGCCAUGGUGAAUGGAAGAGAAUCUGAAGAAGAAAAUCUCAAUAAAUCUGAAAUAAGUCAAGUAUUUGAGAUUGCACUUAAACGGAACUUGCCUGUGAAUUUUGAGUCGUUCCCUCUAAAACAGGUUGCCCGGGAAAGUGGCCCACCCCAUAUGAAGAGCUUUGUGACCAAGGUGUCGGUUGGGGGGUUCAUAGGGGAAGGUGAAGGGAAGAGCAAGAAGAUUUCAAAGAAGAAUGCUGCUAUAGCUGUUCUUGAGGAGCUGAAGAAGUUACCUCCCCUGCCAGCAGUUGAGCGAGUGAAACCCAGGAUCAAAAAGAAAACAAAACCCUCCAUAGUCAAGUUACAGACAAGCCCAGAAUAUGGCCAGGGGAUGAACCCCAUUAGCCGACUGGCCCAGAUCCAGCAAGCGAAAAAGGAGAAGGAGCCGGAGUACGUGCUUCUCACAGAGCGAGGCCUCCCUCGCCGCAGGGAGUUUGUGAUGCAGGUGAAGGUUGGAAACCACACUGCAGAAGGAACGGGCACCAAUAAGAAAGUGGCCAAACGCAAUGCAGCCGAGAAUAUGCUGGAGAUCCUUGGUUUUAAAGUUCCACAGGCUCAGCCCACCAAACCAGCACUCAAAUCAGAGGAGAAGACACCAAUAAAGAAACCAGGAGAUGGAAGAAAAGUAACCUUUUUUGAACCUGGCUCUGGGGAUGAAAAUGGAACUAGUAAUAAAGAGGAUGAGUUUAGGAUGCCUUAUCUUAGUCAUCAGCAGUUGCCUGCUGGAAUUCUUCCCAUGGUGCCUGAGGUUGCCCAGGCUGUAGGAGUCAGCCAAGGACAUCACACCAAAGAUUUUGCCAGGGCAGCUCCGAAUCCUGCUAAGGCCACAGUAACUGCCAUGAUAGCCCGUGAAUUGUUGUAUGGGGGCACCUCGCCCACAGCCGAGACCAUUUUAAAGAAUAGCAUCUCUUCAGGCCAUGUACCCCACGGACCUCUCACGAGACCCUCUGAGCAAUUGGACUAUCUUUCCAGAGUCCAGGGAUUCCAGGUUGAAUACAAAGACUUCCCCAAAAACAACAAGAAUGAGUUUGUAUCUCUUAUCAAUUGCUCCUCUCAGCCGCCUCUCAUCAGCCAUGGCAUUGGGAAGGAUGUGGAGUCCUGCCAUGAUAUGGCUGCACUGAACAUUUUAAAGUUGCUGUCUGAGUUGGACCAACAAAGUACAGAGAUGCCAAGAACAGGAAACGGACCAAUGUCUGUGUGUGGGAGGUGCUGAACCUUUUCUGGCCAUGAACCAUUAUAAAUUCCCAACAUAUAUACUGAAAACAUUGAAACUGCUUUGAAAAUUUGGAAUUUCUGAUACCUCCAGUGGGCUGAGAGACACAGUGGAUGAUGAACUGGAGAAAACAGUGGUGAUGCAGAUGGGAACACAGGAGGCGGCUGUGGCUGGGUUUGAAUGUGUUGGUGGUUUUUUAUGAUGGGACCCGAGGAGAGAGUGCCAGCGGGGAACUAGCAGUCUCCACGCAGAACAGCCUGCGGGGAAGGAGCUGCUGAGCAAGGUGGGGCCACCAGUCUCCUGCCUGCUUCCCAGCAAGUCCACGCCCCAGUGCACCUCAUUGCUUGGUCUUUUGUUGUUGUUUUUGGCUGUGUGAAAGAAGAAACAGAAAACAGAAAGCAUGACCCUCUUCUCAAACUGGCUAACUUAACACUUUGGGAUAAACACUGGACAACCACACCAGAAAGAGGCCUUAGACUGGCCCCAAACCUGAAAGCACCAGAGAAAAUCAAAUGCUUCCUACUCAGUGUAACCUGACCUUUCUAGAGUGCUACGCCCCCACCACCCCAAGUACCCACACCAUAACCACUGCUUUCUCUUCCAACAGUGACACGUAUUCUUAGUUCCAUUAUUUUCUUUUGAUUGAAAUGACACUAUAUAAAAUUUUUAUUUGAAAGUUUCUCAAUUGUAUCUAGGUACAUAGCACAGUUUAGAAACUUAUUUGAGGCUGACGUUACCAGUAAUCUAACCGGCAAAGAUCAUAUCCAUGUGUAUGUGGUUAUACAUUUUUAUUUUAUUGGACUAACCCAGGAACAUUUCAGUGAUGCAAUUUGUGGGCUCUCUGGUUUAGCAGAAACAGUCUUGGACUUCUCAGAUGAAGUCUCCCAUAGUUGUAUAAAUUGACAAUUUUGGAAUUUUAAACUUUAAAUGAUCAUUUGGUUCCUUUUCUAUUUUAUUUUUAUUUUGGUUAAUGCAACAGGAUUUAAACAAGUGAACUUUGAUUUUAUUUUAAAGAUUAUUAAAAAAAUUGUGUGUAUAUGCAUAUGGCUCUUCAGGAUAUGUAGCUUUCAUUACACUACAGGAUAUGAUCUCCAUGUAGUAGACAUAAAAUUGCAGAUUGAUUUUCCUUGAGUGCUUUAUACUGUUAAUUACAUCUCCAUGUAGGGCUGAAAACAAUGACCUAUGUUUAUCUAUAAAACUGUGUUGCUUUUGAUGCUGUGUGCACACAGAAUUGUGUGCAGUAGGGGUCUGCAUAUGGUCCACGUAAAAAGCACGGUAGCCUUGCAAGUUAAGUACUGCUUUGAUUCAUUGUUUACGCUGGAAACUUUUUCUCCCCAUGGAAUGUAAGUAAAACUUAGUGUUUGUCACCAAUAAAUGGUAAUACUAAAUUUUUUUUUUGUUAAUUUAUUCUUAAAUGCCACUACUGCUAGAUUGCUCCCCUCCCAACUGAAACCACCUCUUUUUUUAUUUUUAAGAAAAAAAAAUUUGUAAUGCUUAUGAUUCCAUCUGGGAAAAAAUCUGAAGAUCUGAAGUAACUUUAUAUCAAACUAUUGAUCAAUAAACAGCUACUAAUGAA